AUGAGUAGUCGAGCUCAAAAUUACGAGUUUCAAGAAUGGUGGAACAAGCAACGCGAGUUUCUCGACAAAUCGGACAACACCGCCUUCUUAACCGUCGAGAUCCAUAGCCCUACCUCCGAUCUGACCGUCGAUAAAGGCCACACACGCAGUGCCCGCCAGCUUUCCUGGCUCUGGCUCCUCAAAUUCCAACAACUCGCUUCCUCCCUAGCGUGGCUCACAAACGGCUCUAUCGACCUCCUCCGAACAGCCAAUCGCAGGAUCGCUGCUAGCAAAACUGACUCGCCCUCCGAUUCCUCCAUCUCAUCACGACUUUACAGGAUCAUAAAAUUGUUUUUAUUUCUGGUGGUUCUGUUGUUGUGUUUCGAGUUAGUUGCGUAUUUCAAGGGAUGGCAUUUCAGUCCCCCGUCGGUGGAAUCGGCGGAGGCCGCAGUCGAAAGGGCCUAUGCGAAGUGGUUGGAUUUAAGGGCGAAUUACUUGGCACCGCCGCUGCAGAGCUUGACGAAUGUGUGUAUUAUCUUGUUUUUAAUGCAGUCGGUAGAUCGUAUUGUGUUGAUGUUAGGGUGUUUCUGGAUCAAGUUUAGGAAAUUGAGGCCAGUGGCGGCGGUGGAGUAUGACGGUAGAGAGAAUGUGAAGGAUUAUCCGAUGGUUUUGGUGCAGAUUCCAAUGUGCAAUGAGAGGGAGGUUUACCAACAAUCUAUUGCAGCAUGCUGUAUCCAGGACUGGCCAAAGGAGAGAAUGCUUAUACAGAUUUUGGAUGAUUCUGAUGAGUUAGAUGCUCAGCUCCUUAUCAAGGCCGAAGUACAAAAAUGGCAACAAAGGGGUGUGCGUAUAUUGUAUAGGCAUCGUCUCAUACGCACAGGCUACAAGGCAGGGAACCUGAAAUCUGCUAUGGGCUGUGAUUAUGUAAAAGAUUAUGAGUUUGUGGCAAUAUUUGAUGCAGAUUUUCAGCCUGGGCCUGAUUUCUUGAAGAAAACUAUUCCUUACUUCGAGGGGAAGGAUGACCUAGCAUUGGUCCAAACUAGGUGGGCAUUUGUAAACAAGGAUGAGAACUUGCUUACAAGACUGCAAAACAUAAACUUAUCAUUCCACUUUGAGGUUGAGCAACAGGUGAAUGGUGUUUUCAUCAAUUUUUUUGGUUUUAAUGGGACUGCUGGUGUAUGGAGGAUUAAAGCCCUUGAAGAAUGUGGUGGUUGGUUGGAACGGACAACAGUUGAAGACAUGGAUAUUGCUGUUCGUGCUCAUCUUUGUGGAUGGAAGUUCAUCUAUUUGAAUGACGUUAAGUGCCUUUGUGAACUUCCAGAGUCCUAUGAGGCAUACAAAAAACAGCAACAUCGCUGGCAUUCAGGUCCAAUGCAGUUGUUCCGCUUGUGCUUUGUUGACAUACUCCGUGCAAAGGUGUCUUUUGGCAAGAAAGCAAAUUUGAUAUUUCUUUUCUUCUUACUGAGGAAGCUUAUCCUGCCUUUUUACUCAUUCACUCUCUUCUGCAUCAUUCUCCCACUUACCAUGUUCCUGCCAGAAGCACAGCUACCAGCUUGGGUUGUUUGUUAUGUCCCUGGAAUCAUGUCUAUCUUGAAUAUUCUCCCAGCACCACGGUCAUUCCCAUUCAUAGUCCCAUACCUUUUGUUUGAGAACACCAUGUCCGUGACCAAAUUCAAUGCCAUGAUAUCAGGAUUGUUUCAAUUAGGAAGUUCUUAUGAAUGGGUAGUUACAAAGAAAUUAGGAAGAUCAUCGGAGGCAGACUUAGUUGCAUUUGCUGAAAAGGAAUCUGACCCUUUGGUGGAAACUACCAAUCUCCACAGAUCUUCCUCAGAAUCAGGCCUGGAUGAGCUGAACAAGAUAGAAACAACCAAGAAAACUGGGAAAACAAAAAGAAACCGUUUGUAUCAGAAGGAACUUGCUCUAGCAUUGAUACUGUUAACUGCCUCAGUGAGAAGCUUGCUAUCUGCCCAAGGAAUUCACUUCUACUUCCUAUUAUUUCAAGGCAUCAGUUUUUUGGUUGUUGGUCUUGAUUUGAUUGGAGAACAGGAAGUGCAAAUACCUUAUUGUUCAGAACCACUGAGUUUGUUUCGGUAUCGAAGCAAUUUAUUCAUCUGUUCUGGUCCAAGGUUUGUACCCUAUUUUAUUCACUUAUUGGGUAAAGGACCAUUGUAUCAUUUGGUUGUCACCCCAAUGCUGGAGCUUUUUGGAAGUCUUCCCAGAGUGGUGGAGGUGAACUGA